AUGAGAUCCAAUUGCGAAUGCCCUUCGAAAUUCGGCUACUCGGCGGCACCGGAUGGGAAGAGCUGCCGUAGGCUGAGGAGACGCUUAAAGGAAAAAUGCACGAGCGACCUGGAGUGCUCGGCGGCGUUCUCGGAAUGCGCCACCGGCGGCUGCAGAUGCAAACCCGGGUUCCAGCGCGACGGCGACGGCGGCUGCAAACCGAUCAAAUACCAGUGCGUCGGAGGGCAAUCACCGCUGAUGAAACGCGACAAGCUGAUUACCUGCUCGCUGCAACAGGCUCGAUUCUCGCGCCUCCGAAAGCUUGACAACGACACCGAAAUUCUGGAGGGUCCAGUGCCGGAAAACCCGGAAGAAAACGGCGGCCAACCGGACGGGUACCAAAUUAUGGACGUAACUGCAAGCCCCGCCGGAGCGAACUCUACGCAAUUUGCUGACGUCCAAGACACCUGCGAUUUUGGGCACUAUUGCGUGGCCGUUUUUGACGAUCCGCAAAAGCCCGGGUAUUAUCAGGGAUUCUGCUGCCCGAAUCCGACGCCCCGUGAGCCGGUGUGCCCCGUUGGUGAGCCCCACUCCAGCAGCCAGAUGCCCUCUUACGGCUGCGCCGGGUGCCCGGACGACCACUACUGCCAUCGGGAUACGGUAUCCACCGAAAAAGAGAUCUGCUGCCCAAAACCGUGCGUCUCCCUUGAAGACCUCUACUUUGACGGCCAGUGCUAUCCAAUGGCAUAUAAUGGCGAUUCUUGCUUUGUGGACGAGCAAUGCGUCUCGCAACCCGCACAAAACGCCCAGGAUCCCAGUGAAACCGCGAAAUUACGCUGUCUACAGAGUAUCUGCGCCUGCCCGCCCGGUUUCUCCUAUACGGAUGGCGAGUGCAAACGGAUUGAAUGCCGCGUUGGGCUACGUGGGGAACCGGCUGUGGAUCGCCUCGGAAAUUUGAUCAGAUGCGCUCGUUCCUCCGACUGUAGCCAGGGUUCGAUCUGCGACCCGACCGGACGCGUCUGCUGCAAGGGGAUGAAUCGCUGCCCCGCCGGCCACGUGGAGACCGGCGAGUCUUGCGGCCUGGCCUCCCCCUGCUCGUCGCUCGACGACAUUUGCCACAAGACGAUCAAGGGCAUCAGAAUGUGCUGCCGGCCGGAGGCG